GGCCCUCCACCCUAUCCUGCACUUACCUACUGCUGCUAAAAACUCCUCUCGGGAAAAGCGUUGGUGCUCGUUGAUCGAAGCGUCGACGUUGUGCAUGGCGCCUCGCUCGGGGCUGAUCAGGUCUGGGGCGAGUGACGGGAGCGAGUGGUGCGGCGGGCCUUGGAGAGACAGGCCGCGACGGAUUCAGCUUCGGCGAAACCCUUUGGAGCUGAUCUCCGUGGGAAGGAGGGGGAAAGCGAUCACCCCCUUCCCCAGCCCUCUUUCGACCACACACUACAGGCCAGACCAGACCAGCUCACCAUGCGUCUCUUGUUGUUGUCCCCACACUCCUCUCCCAUCCAUGGGCAUAUGGUCCCCAUGGCCGUGGGAUGGCUAUUUGUGCGAGCCAGCCAGCCAGCCAGCCUUGCCCCGCACCGGCCCGCCGCCCGCCUACCUGCCCGCCCGCUUCGCCGGACUACCAAGCUCGGAUAUCCCCAACUCGGCGCGAGAGACACCCCCCACAUAAGCUCCAGCAGCAGGCCAGUGUUUAUUUGGUACCUCUAUUGCGCC